GCGGGAGUCAGACUGCUGUGGGAGGCUGGGUGGUAAAACGCAAAAGGACUGACAAGGCUGCACUACAGCCCCUCUUUGCUCGCAUUUGCCUCCCCAAACUUCUGAGUCGCGACUUCCAACGCAGGAUGUGGUACCAUAAGUUGUUGUACCAACAAAGCAGACUCCAGAAUUUGAUGAAGAGAGGAGACAUACCUCAAGGUCUUCAUCUGUCCAACUUUAAAAGUUUAUUUUCAUUAUCCAUCCAUUGGUGCCAUACAACUUCCAAGUCUGUGAAUUGUACUUGGCACCAACAUGAAGAUCAUUUGGAACUGCAAUAUGCUGGCACUGUGAUGCGCUUUGAUUAUGUCUGGCUUCGAGACCACUGCCGCUCAGCAUCAUGCUAUAAUUCUAAGACUCACCAGCGGAGCCUGGACACUGCCAGUGUGGAUUUAUGUAUUAAGCCAAAGACAGUCCGUCUGGAUGAAACUAUGCUCUUUUUCACUUGGCCAGAUGGUCAUGUGACUAGCUAUGAUCUGGAUUGGCUGGUGAAAAACAGCUAUGAAGGGCAGAAACAAAAGGUUAUCCAACCUAGAAUAUUAUGGAAUUCUAAACUCUACCAGCAAGCCCAAGUUCCAUCUGUUGAUUUCCAGUGGUUUUUAGAAACAAAUGACGGAUUGAAGAAGUUUCUGCAGAACUUUCUGCUAUAUGGAAUUGCAUUUGUAGAAAAUGUCCCUCCCACUCAAGAGCAUACAGAAAAAUUGGCAGAAAGGAUCAGCUUAAUCAGAGAGACCAUCUAUGGAAGGAUGUGGUAUUUCACUUCAGAUUUUUCCAGAGGUGACACUGCAUACACCAAGCUGGCUCUAGAUCGGCAUACUGAUACUACCUACUUUCAAGAGCCCUGUGGCAUUCAAGUAUUUCAUUGUCUUAAGCAUGAAGGAACAGGUGGUAGAACACUGUUAGUAGAUGGAUUCUAUGCAGCACAACAAGUACUUCAAAAAGCGCCUGAGGAAUUUGAACUCCUCAGCAAAGUACCAUUGAAGCAUGAAUAUAUUGAAAAUGUUGGACAGUGUCAUAAUCACAUGAUUGGAGUUGGGCCCAUCUUAAAUAUCUACCCAUGGAAUAAAGAGCUGUAUUUGAUCAGGUGAGUACCAAACAACUAUUCUCCUAUUUGAUAUGUUUAUUGCAUAUUAAGCUCUUGACUAGUGUA